GUGGGUUUGUUUAUUAUGCAAAAUGACAGAUGUUUGGAUUUUAAUUCAUUUAGCGUUUAUUCAAAUACUUUUUAAUCGAAAGAGAUGUACAAUGUCAUUGUGGUGUUUUCUGCUGCCUUUCCUAGUACCAACACUUGCGGCACCUAAUAGAACUGCAGUUAUCAAUGUUUACAAAGCGGAAAAGCCAACCAGUCGGCCACAAUUGUCAUCAACAAUAAAGACUGAUCAUGCUAUUGCAGAAAAUGUGCGGGGAAAAUACUCUGAGCUAGGAAAUGUCAAAGAAACAAAUGGAAGGCUGCAUAUGAUGUCAUCUGACUGUGAUUCUGAUGAUGAGAGACACUUUGCAAGGCUCCCAGAAAACUGGAUUGCCGUGUUCCAUCUGCGAGAACGAAGUGGAAGUUCCGUCAACGACUUGCACAAAGAAUGCACAUCCAUGAUUGAUAGGAUGCAAAGAGCUUUAGUAUUUGGAGCAUCAGCCAUUAUUAUUUUGACUUUAAAUCCAAGAAUAUUGAAAGAGUUUGAGGGUAAACAGAUGUUUUCAUGUCCUGUGAUCAUUGUGGAGGCUUUAGAGAAUGUGACAAAUUUUGUCAGCAUUCUGAAGAGCAAAAUGAAAAUGAAGGCAAAGAUAUAUCAAGCUCCAAAGACAUCUUUCCCAACCCUGACCCUGUGGGCUAUGUGUGGUAGACCCACCAAUGGUCACAGCUACCACGAGUGGGAUGGAGUGGUCUGUAUGGGGACAGAGGAGGAGUCAAGUGGAAAAGCAGAUCCUGUAAGUUUCUGGAAUUUUUUCUACUCUGGAACAUUUCUGAUUCUGAUGUUGCUUGCUAUUAAAUCUAGAAGACGUUUGAACAAUGAAUGGGGAGAGGAAUCUGAAAUUGAGUCUGCUUUAAGAGACUUGACUUUCAAAGCUCUGUCCUCCAUGAAGACAAUAAAAUUGAAGGAAAAUCAUCUGAAUCCAAAUGCUUUGUGUGCUAUUUGUUUGGAGUUGUUCAACAGAAAACAGAAACUAAGAGUGCUUCCAUGUUCCCAUGAGUUUCACACUAAAUGCGUCGACCCAUGGCUGUUAAAUAAUAGGACCUGCCCACUUUGUAAACUCAACAUUGUUGAUGAAAUGGCCAAAGGAGGCAGUAUAUGAAGACUAGACUAUAAGCAAAGAUUUUAUAAAAGAGCUUUAUCACCAAUGCAGAAAUGUUGUUCAUGCAUUGCAUUUUUUGGUGGCUUGGAAUGUGGUAUGGACAAAAAAAAACCAGCAAUGCUUUAAAAUCUAAUAAAGUUAAACCCCGUCAUUUUGUGGUUGCAUCAGCCAAGAUAAGACAUUUGACUUUUGUAAACAAUAAUUGUGGUCUUUCAGAUUGUUAUGUAUAAGCUGAUAAAAUACUGUGUGUAUACAUGCUUUAAUAACUGUGAUUUGUACAAAUGUAUACUAUGGAAUCAUUAGAAUUCGUGAUGGCUUACUUUUUGUGGUAUACAUGCGUAGCCCUCCCUUCAAAUUUAAAUCCUUGAUGAAAACAAAUUUUGAAAGGGUAAGGUGUCUUACUGAAACUGAAAAGAAACAACCACAAAAUUACAUCACCACGAAUAAGCUAAAAACCCACAAUCUACGAAAUUGCCCUCACCCUCCCCCCCACAAAUUAAAAUGAUUAUACAAUAUUUUACUGCAAAACAUUUAAUGAUUAUUUAUUGAAGUUCUAUUCCAUCCUUUUAUAUUCUUCCAAAAAAAAGUAGCACAGAAAGUUUUACAACACUUAGCAACACUUAGCAACACUGAAAAAAUACUUUUAGUUUUAAAAUUUGUCCGUUUUCCUACAGGGCUCUUCAUUUUAAGAAGAUAAAUAGAGUCUAAAAAUGGCCAGAACUAUCCAGCCCUCUUAAGCUUUAGAUUCUUUACUAAAUGAUCGUUAAAAUUCAUAUACAAAUAUUCAAGGUAAAUCUAAUCAAUAUUAUGUUGAUUACCUAGCCUUAAAAUACAUGUAUAAGAAUAAUUGUUUUCUUAUGAAUUCACAACUUGAUACCAAAAAAAAAUGUUCUCCAGAAUGAAUGUUGCAUACAUUUUAAGUUUGUAGCCUAGUAUAUAGUUGUUAUGAAUAAAUAUGUUGAAAUGUUAAAUUGACAUAUAUUUAAAUUACAUCAAGCAUUGUUCUGAGAAAAAAAAUCACACAUUUAUCAGAAAAUUUAUACAUUUAUAUGUUCAAUUUAUGAUUGUGUUCCCCUUAGAAGAUGCGUUUUACAUUGCAACAGAAUAUGAUGAUCUAAACUGUUUGGGAGUUUAGUUUUUUUUGUUUGUUAAUUGAUGUGAGGAUUUUAUUAUAAUUAUAUCAAUUUUUAUAAUACAUUGUAUUUUGGGUAUGUUUUGAGAGAUGACUGCAUUCACCAGUAUGUAUAACCUUAUUUAUCAAGUAUUGUAUAAUAAUACAAUGUUCACAGAUGUGCUAUCAAUAAUAUUCUGUAUAUUUAUUUGUUAUUCAAAGGUGACUUGUUAAAAAUAAAUGCAUUGAAUGAGAA